AUGACACUUACGGUUUUGAAUACCAAUUGCUUUGCUUAUAAAGAUAAAUAUUAUAAACAAAUUCAUGGUGGUGCCAUGGGUUCCGCAUUUACACAAGUUUUAGCUAAUAUUUAUAUGUUAGAAUGGGAAGAAGAUUUAAUUCAACAUCAAGCAAAACAUGGAGAAAUUUAUGGCAGGUUUGUUCGAGGAAAUAAAUUUCCUAUCUGA